UCCCUGCCGUCUCUCCUCCCGGCCGCCAGGUGCCCCUCGGCCGCUGUCUCUGGCUCCGCGAUCCGGGGCGGCUCCGGCAGCGCGGCCCGGCAGGACAGGAUGCUGUUCCCGCUGCCCCUGCGUGCAGCCUGCAGCCUGCUGGGCUGGUUCUGCCUCUACAAGUGGUUCUGCCGCCGCUACCGGCACCGCAACCUGGAGUGGAGCUGCAGGCUGGUCACGCUGACCCACGGCAUCCUGGCCACCCUGCUGUCUGCUUACAUCGGCUUCAUCGAUGGCCCCUGGCCCCUGAGCCACCCAGGCUUACCCAACACCACCCUCCAGGUGCACGUGCUGUGCCUUAGCUUGGGCUACUUCAUCUUCGACCUGUGCUGGUGCGUGUACUUCCAGACGGAGGGCGCGCUGAUGCUGGCGCAUCACCUGGUGAGCAUCGUGGGCAUCGCCGCCUCGCUGGCGCUGGGCGAGUCGGGCGCCGACGUCAACGCCGUCAUUUUCGGCAGCGAGAUCACCAACCCGCUGCUGCAGGCCCGCUGGUUCCUCAAGGAGCUGGGCCGCUACCACACCUUCACGGGCGACCUGGUGGAUUUUCUCUUCGUGGUGCUCUUCACCGGCGUGCGCAUCGGCGUGGGCGCCUGGCUGAUGUACUGCGAGCUGGCGUCGCCGCGGCCGCGCUGGUACAUCAAGCUGGGAGGGGUGGUGAUGUACGUGGUGAGCUGGGUGUUCAUGGUCAGCAUCUGCCGCUUCGCCCGCAGGAAGAGCAUGAGGAAGUACCAGGCGUGGAGGAGCCGCCGGAGCCGCGAGCUGGGCGGCAAAACCAACGGGCAUCUCAAAGGUUGCUGAGAGAAGGGUUCCUGGGGUUGGAGAGGAGGGGAGUGGUGCCUGAAAUGUGGGAGAGGAGCCAAUGCACAUUAGCAGUGCUGGAGCCAAAUUUAUCCCUGGCCUAACUCCACUGAAAUCCAUGGAGCUAUGCCAUGGGUUCGCUGGCUCUGCAGCACUCGGUGUGUGUGUGUGUAAGCACAGCCUGAAUCAGGAGUGAAAGAAGGGCUAAUUUUAUAGACUCAGCUAGUCCAGCAGUGCAGGUGUAAUUAGUGAUGUGUGUAGCCAGCUCCUUCAGGAUGCUGGAGGGGAGGAGGAGCUAACACUAGGUCUCCAUGUCCGGUGUGCUGUGCAGUCUAGGCAGCUAGAGUGACUCUUCAUGCUGGUAGGAAGAAAUGUUCUAGUGUUGCAUCCAAGGUUCCUGGCUCUUCCACCACCUCGCUGUGUGACCUUGGGCAAGUCACACAGCUCUAACUCUGUGCCUAAUUCCCCCUCUGUGACUUGGGGGUGAUGGAGCUGCUCCAUCUGUUAUGCACUUUCAGAUUUUCACUCGAGAGGUGCUAUGUAAAUGCGAAGUGAUGGUUGUUAUCUGCACUGGGGUCAUUAUCCCUUCAUUUCCCUUGGGUGGUCGAGCUAGAGCAAGACUCUAGAAUAAUCAGUAUUUUAGGUAGGUAGCUGUUUCCUACCCUUUCUAACUCCUUUUAAUAACUUAUUUAUUAACAUAUUGAUAACUUAUUUUCUGUAGUGUCCAGAAGCUCUAGUCAGCACUGGCGCCAUACAGGACUAGGUGCUCUGUGAAUACCCAAAGACACAGACCCAGAAGGGAAAAUUUUUCCAGAUUUUUCCCUCUUCUUCCCUGACUGUUAGAACUCCCCUACAAACACUGCUUUUAGCUCCUUGGGUAACCAGCACACUCCAUUUUGAGAAGCCCCAUCAGGAUUUGCCAAUCAGGGUUUUCUUGCUGAUGAGCCAAGCCCUGAUUUUGUCUCCAGAGCACCAACAUUUCCUCUGCUGUGCCCCAAAUCCAAAUUGGGAUUUCUGGUUGCCCAGAAUCUGCCCUGUGGAAGCCACAGACUGACCCUGGCUCUCUUUCAUCUGAAUUAAUGCCUUGACCCCUGGGCUUUGAUUUCCCCCUGACUGAGUCUGAGUCACUUUAUAAAAGUGAACAUUUAGAGAGUCAGAGAGAUUUAUUUUAUGACUUUGUAAUGAAAGGAGAGACCCAGAAUCUGAUCUUUUUAAGCAAAAAAAAUUAAAAACCAAAACAACAAAAACCCCAAAAAACCAGACUGGGAGAAAAAUAAGCAGGGAAACCCCAUGCCCAGUUUGCAGCUUCUGGAGUUUAUUUCAUUGCAUGCUCUUAAGCUGUUCCUUUGCUAUGAUACUGAGCUUUUCCUUUGAGCCUCCAGUGCAGCUCAGGUGCCCCCUUCUGCUUGAGCCUUGCCUGCUGCAGCCAAAGACCUGAAGAAACCCCCAAAAAACCCCUUGAGAUGAGCAGAGCCAACUGAUGAGCUGGUCCUGGAAAGGAAACUUGACUCAUUCAGGCCUUGAAAGGAGACCAGAAGGGCUGGUUGGGGCUUGCUGGUUCUUUUUCCCAGCUCUGUUGAGCACAUCCAGGAGCCUUUUUGCCUCAACUUAACCCACUUUGGGAAGUGGGUGCAGUCUUACCUACCUCGUAGGGUGUUUGCAUUUAGCACCAAGCCACCUGGGAUGAAUUCUCAGUGGUUUGUGUCAUGCUGAGCUGUAUAAAAGUUGCAACUAUGAGCCAUCAGCAGAGCUUUGGCACCUGAACUGAGUGCUUGCCAGCAUCCCAAAAUCAGGAGGAGGUGUUUGGCAAAGGUGCUCAAGGGCAGGAGUCACAGGGACUGGGCUGGAUGUGCACAUAAAGGUCAGCUGUGCUGCUGCACCUGCACAGGGAGCCCCAAGCUGAGGAAAAGCUGGCUGCUGGGUUUUCCCUGGUCAGGAAUCUGCAGCCAAAAGAGUCUCAGGCAUCACUGAGCAGGGAAUGAGGGAUUUCAGCUCCUGGAGAAGUGGUGAAGGUAGGUGCUGGAGGUGAGGUCACUCCAGUGAGGGUUUGCAGAGCAGCCCUGCUGCUUUGGGCUUUGCUCAGGGCUGGGUGCAGCUUUGUGGGGUCACAGCCCUCAGCUGCCCAGGGGGAUGAGGGUGGCACUGACUGCAGAAUCUGGGAAUCACCUGCUUGGAGAGGUUUGGAAUGUAAUGAUUGAGUGGUGCCCUUUUCUGAAUGGGGGAAAUUCGGUUGCUCAGCUCUGAGGCUUUAGAAGGCAAACAAAAAAACCAAAAGGGCAAUUAGGAAUGGCUUUAUGAGGCAGAGCAAGGCCUCACAGCCCAUUUAGUGGGCUCCAGCAUAGAAUCACAGACCCAAAAGUACAAAUUGCAAGCACAGGGUGGGACCUGUCCUCAGGCUAGUCCAUAGUGGCUAGAACAAACUGUGAGAGGAAACUGCAGAACUAGUGUGAAAUAAUAACUUGUGUCUGAAUUACUGUGUAAUAGCAACUAAUGUUCCACCAGUGAAUGGUGUAGAUGCUUUGUAAUAUGUUUUAUAAAAAUAAAGAUUAUUUAAUUAUAUGAGGAA